AGUAGAGGAGUUGGCGAGCGCAGAGGUUAACCUAGCGCGGCGCUCCUGGUGGCCAGGCAUCCCGGUCCUCGCGCGUGGCGCAGCCUCCCAGCGCCGGACUGACCCAUGUCGUGCCCGCAUUGGGUCCCGGGACCCCGGCGGGAGUGCCGCGUCCGUCCUCUCCAGUCGCCGGGAGUCUGAGUCGCGGGCCACGCGGGAGUGGCGGUGCCGAGCCCGCCGGUCGUUAUGAGGACGGAUCUAAAAUGACCAGCAAACGGAAACCUUGCCAAACGCGGCUCAGGAGAUCCAUCAGUGAGCAGUUGCGGGACUCCACGGCCAGAGCCUGGGAUCUGCUGUGGAAGAACGUCCGGGAGAGGCGGCUGGCAGAAAUUGAGGCGAAAGAAGCAUGUGACUGGCUCCGUGCUGCUGGGUUCCCGCAAUACGCUCAGUUAUAUGAGGAUUCACAAUUUCCCAUCAACAUUGUGGCUGUCAAGAAUGAUCAUGAUUUUCUUGAAAAGGACCUUGUAGAACCUCUUUGCAGAAGACUAAAUACAUUGAACAAGUGUGCCUCAAUGAAACUUGAUGUGAACUUCCAAAGGAAAAAGGGUGACGACUCCGAUGAGGAAGAUCUUUGUAUCAGCAACAAAUGGACUUUCCAAAGAACCAGUCGCAGGUGGUCUCGUGUGGAUGACCUCUACACGCUGCUCCCUCGAGGAGACAGAAGUGGGUCACUGGGAGGCACGGGGAUGAGGAACACGACCAGCAGUGAGAGCGUCCUCACAGACCUGAGCGAGCCUGAGGUCUGUUCCAUUCACAGCGAAAGCAGUGGAGGCAGCGACAGCCGCAGCCAGCUGGGCCAGUGCUGUGCAGACAGCCCGGUCAUGCUGGAUGCCCCACUGGUCAGCAGCAGCCUCCCGCAGUCCCCCAGAGACGUCCUCAACCACCCCUUCCACCCCAAGAAUGAGAGGCCCACAAGGGCUAGGGCCAAAUCAUUUUUGAAACGCAUGGAAACACUCCGAGGGAAAGGAGCCCACGGGAGACACAAGGGGUCAGGGCGGACAGGUGGCCUGGUGAUCAGCGGGCCCAUGUUGCAGCAGGAGCCAGAGUCCUUUAAGGCCAUGCAAUGCAUCCAAAUACCAAAUGGAGAUCUCCAGAAUUCGCCGCCAUCUGCCUGCAGAAAAGGGCUCCCGUGCUCCGGCAAGUCAAGUGGCGAGAGCAGCCCAUCGGAGCACAGCAGCAGCGGCGUCAGCACACCCUGCCUGAAGGAACGCAAGUGCCACGAGGCCAACAAGCGUGGGGGCAUGUACUUGGAGGACCUGGAUGUGCUGGCAGGGACAGCACUGCAGGAUGCAGGGGACCAAAGCCGCAUGCAUGAGUUUCACUCCCAAGAGAAUUUGGUGGUGCAUAUUCCCAAGGAUCACAAACCAGGAACAUUCCCCAAGGCACUUUCUAUUGAAAGCCUGUCUCCUACAGAUAGUAGCAAUGGGGUUAACUGGAGGACUGGUAGCAUCUCCCUGGGCAGAGAGCAGGUCCCUGGUGCCAGGGAGCCCCGGCUCGUGGCGUCCUGCCACAGAGCCAGCCGAGUCAGUAUCUAUGACAAUGUCCCUGGCUCUCAUCUGUAUGCCAGCACAGGAGAUCUUUUGGACUUGGAGAAAGAUGACCUUUUCCCUCACUUGGAUGACAUUCUGCAGCAUGUCAAUGGUCUCCAGGAGGUAGUGGAUGACUGGUCCAAAGAUGUCUUACCUGAACUGCAAACUCACGAUACGUUGGUUGGCGAGCCUGGCUUAUCCCCCUUUCCGUCUCCUAAUCAGAUCACCUUAGAUUUUGAAGGUAACUCUGUCUCAGAAGGUCGGACGACACCCAGUGAUGUGGAAAGAGAUGUAACAUCUCUUAAUGAAUCUGAGCCUCCUGGGGUCAGAGACAGGAGGGAUUCCGGUGUAGGGGCCUCUCUGACCAGGCCAAACAGGCGACUCCGAUGGAACAGUUUCCAGCUGUCUCACCAGCCCCGGCCAGCCCCAGCAUCACCCCACAUCAGCAGCCAGACGGCCAGCCAGCUGAGCCUGCUCCAGCGCUUCUCGCUGCUUCGCCUCACAGCCAUCAUGGAGAAGCACUCCAUGUCCAACAAGCACGGCUGGACAUGGUCAGUUCCAAAGUUCAUGAAGAGGAUGAAAGUUCCCGACUACAAAGACAAGGCUGUCUUUGGCGUUCCUCUCAUAGUCCACGUCCAAAGAACGGGACAGCCCCUGCCUCAAAGUAUUCAGCAAGCACUGAGAUAUCUACGCAACAACUGCCUCGAUCAGGUGGGUCUUUUUCGCAAGUCAGGAGUGAAGUCUCGAAUCCAUGCCCUACGCCAAAUGAAUGAGAACUUCCCUGAGAACGUCAACUAUGAAGACCAGUCUGCUUAUGACGUGGCGGAUAUGGUGAAACAGUUCUUCCGGGACCUCCCUGAGCCCCUUUUCACCAACAAGCUCAGCGAGACCUUCCUCCACAUCUAUCAGUAUGUCUCCAAAGAGCAGCGGCUGCAGGCUGUGCAGGCUGCCAUCCUGCUACUGGCCGAUGAGAACAGGGAGGUCCUGCAGACGCUCUUGUGUUUCCUGAAUGACGUCGUCAACUUGGUGGAAGAGAAUCAGAUGACGCCCAUGAACCUGGCAGUGUGUCUGGCCCCCUCCCUUUUUCAUCUUAAUUUACUGAAGAAAGAAAGCUCUCCACGAGUCAUACAGAAGAAAUAUGCCACCGGGAAGCCAGAUCAAAAGGACCUCAACGAGAAUCUGGCAGCAGCUCAGGGGCUCGCGCACAUGAUCAUGGAAUGCGACAGACUUUUUGAGGUUCCACACGAGUUGGUGGCCCAGUCUCGUAACUCAUAUGUGGAGGCUGAGAUCCACGUGCCAACCCUGGAAGAAUUGGGGACGCAGCUGGAGGAGAGUGGGGCAACUUUCCACACUUACCUGAAUCAUCUCAUCCAGGGCCUCCAGAAAGAAGCCAAGGAGAAGUUCAAGGGAUGGGUCACGUGCUCCAGCACAGACAAUACAGAUCUUGCUUUCAAAAAGGUGGGCGACGGGAACCCGCUGAAGCUGUGGAAGGCUUCUGUGGAGGUGGAAGCGCCCCCUUCAGUGGUCCUGAACCGUGUGCUGAGAGAGCGCCACCUGUGGGACGAGGACUUUGUGCAGUGGAAGGUUGUGGAGACUCUAGACAGGCAAACAGAGAUCUACCAGUACGUGCUGAACAGCAUGGCCCCCCAUCCUUCCAGAGACUUCGUGGUUCUCAGGACCUGGAAGACUGAUUUGCCCAAAGGAAUGUGUACCCUGGUGUCCCUCUCUGUGGAGCACGAGGAAACCCAGCUCCUGGGUGGCGUGCGAGCAGUGGUGAUGGACUCGCAGUACUUGAUAGAACCGUGUGGCUCUGGCAAGUCGAGACUGACUCACAUCUGCAGGAUAGACCUGAAAGGUCACUCCCCAGAAUGGUACAGCAAAGGCUUUGGACAUCUGUGUGCAGCAGAAGUUGCCAGGAUUAGAAACUCUUUCCAGCCCCUCAUUGCUGAGGGCCCAGAAACUAAAAUCUGAGUUUUCCCCAGUGUGACAUCAAACUCAGGGAAGAGGAAACUAAAGUAACACGUAUGGCAGAGUGUGUGCACGUGAAAAAGCGAGAGAAAGAGGAACUGACGGACGUGGUUAAUGCCUAAAAAUGGAAACGUUAAGAAGUUGGAAUGUUGGAGAUGCAAGAAUUUCCAAGAACUUUCUUAGCCUUCCUGGAGAUGGCUACAUCCCUACUAAUAUAAUUUUAAAAUGAGAACAUUUAUCUAUAUUACUUAAAAUUAAAUGGAUUAUUCCUUGUGCAUUGCCUAAUUUGCUAUUUAAAGGCUUCUAAGAAGCGUAUAUACUUAACUGUAAAUAAAUAUAUGUAUAGCAUAUGUACAUACGUGUGUAUAUCUCCAUCUUUACUGUAUAUAUGUAAAAUACCAAUUUUAUAUAGAAUUGUGUGUUUUGAAAAGGACGUUGUCUGACUCAGUGAGUCCCUUCCUCACAUAGUUCUUUCCAAGUGGCUCUGGGCCCCAUCUCUCCACUGUCCUGUAAGCUGUGCAGAACCUGCUGCUAACACCAAGGUGUGAACACGCCCUGAUGCCUAACCAAAGAUUAGUUAACCAAAGGAAAAUAACAUUAAAGGAGACUUAUGUGUCGUUUUGUUUCUGUUAUUCAAAAACUGAGAGUGGAGUUCUGGGAUAAAGCAGGGAAAGAAUAAUUACUCCUCCUUAAAGCAAAGUGAAGGGUGGAAAGUCAUUACCAAAUUUAAGGCUAGAUGAGGAGUUGCCACUGGGCCCAGUAAGAUGGAAUUUCCAUGAGAUAUGGACCACCGGAGUCAGUGCGAGUGACUGAAACAGAAACGAUACCUCUCACUCCCAUGCCCACCACUACAGACCCCAAGUCGAGAUGAAUAUCAUAGCCUUUACUUACUCACAGCCAAAGGGAGCCCCUGUGUUGUCUCAAGUUUUUAUAAAUACAUUUCAUAAUGUUGUUAAAUGUCGUUCUAUUUGACCAGUGGCCUAUUUGGUCACAGCUAAUUGGUGUUUCCUUAUUGCACUGAAUUCAACUUCAGACACCACACAAAGGGAGAUGGUGACCAUUCCGUUCAAACCCUAGAUCAUUACAGCUUCAGGGAAUUCAUAUUUUGCUAUGUGUAGGAUACUCUUAAAAUGUAAUUCAUUAACCUUUUACAAUCUGAAAGACAGGGUUUUUAACUAACAUAAGACCAAAACUAUGUUCUUUGAUUAGUUUUAGAAAAUAUAGUCGGGUUUAUUAAUUCUUCUGUGUUUCUUCACUAGCCAGUCCAAGCUACCUAUGCAUUUGACCCAACCUUAUUUAUUAUUGUACAGACUAAGCAAAUUGACUCCCUUUAGCCAACUGCUAAUGAAUCGAAUGUGCUUUUUAUUGUAAUUCAACAGCAAUGGAGAGACAGAUAACUUAUUGUGUGUUUGAUUUCAGGGAGAGAGAUUUUCUUUAGUCAUUCAUAAUAGAGAUUGAUAUGAUUUAGCAACAGUGUUGGAGAAAAAAAGAAAAGCAAAUGAGCGUUUUCAGGUUUUGUUGUAUUAUAUGCAUUUAUAUAAUGUUUCUGUUAUCAGCAAUGUGCAAUUAUUUUAUUGAGAGGAAUAAAAAAGCUUUCUAGGAGUUUGGUAUGGUGUAAGGAAAAUCAUACAGUUUGAAUUAUGACCUAGAAAUUUUUCAUUCCCAUGUCUACCUAAGAAGGUAGCAGCAAAUCCAUAAUUUUCCUUUUGGGCAAUGCUUUGUGAGCAAAACAAAGUCCCUUCUGCCAUAACACCUUUAAUUUAACCAUAUAUGCCAAAUUAUAUGCAUCAGCAAGAUCGCUAGUGAAGUUUAGUCUAGCUAAACACUGGUCCUGCUCCUGAGAUGGGAUCCUAUGUGUUUGCAAAACAUGAUAGGCACACGAGGGUGAGUGGCUUUGUAUCGCCCAGAGGGGUGCUUGUCCAGAUUUCACAUGCACAUGAAUUGCCUGGGGAUCUUGUGAAACUGCAGACUCUGCUCCAAGUAGUCUGGGCUGGGCCUGAGAUUCUGCAUUUCUAAGGAGUCUCAGGGAUGCCUAUGCUGCUGGCCUAAAAUCACACUCAGAAACGAGGACCUAGAAGAUCCCUAAAACAGAAUAAAAACAAAUGUGAUUGUAUUUCUGACUCUCCCUCUCUUCGAAUUAUCUUUUUUGUUUUUGUGCACAUAGUAAUCAUAUCACUGCUAAAUAACAACACGGUGCAUCUUUUUUAAAAAAGGAAAAGGGAAAAAAAGGAGAAAAAACGAUGCAUCAAGCUUGUUUGUCAAAUACCACAGUAUUCUAUUCAUUGUUAUCUUGCCAAUGGAAAUAAAGUGUGCUAUUGCAUUUAAAUAUUAUAUUUAUACCUCAUGUAUAUUUUUACCUCAAUUGUUGGUAUCAGUCAUCAAUUGUAAAUAAAUAAUUGCCAAAGCAAAUAAAUUUAUAUAUAUUAAAUAUU